AUAUCUUGAUUCUUGACAAUUUUAAGUUCUUUUUACUUUAGGUUUGUUCCCACCGCUCUGGAGAUGAUUUAUAUUUGCCCUCGAAACUGAUUAACUGCUCGGACGGUUGCUCAUUACGUGACUGUAUCUGAAAAUUUGGUCUACAAAUUAAACUGGACAGCUUGUGUUGCAUAUGUGUGUGGCUGAAAGAAAGGUCGGAUUGAUUUUGAGCUUUUAAGGAAUGUGGAGCAAAUAUUGUGGUGGAAAACCGGGCCAAGAUGCACUUGAGGAGAGAGGACACUGGGGCAGCAAAGUGGAAUUUCUUCUGGCUGUUGCUGGAAACGUUGUGGGCCUGGGCAAUGUGUGGAAGUUUCCGUACUUGUGCUACAAAAACGGCGGCGGUGCAUUCUUGGUGCCAUAUCUGGUGUUUGUGGUGACGUGCGGUGUACCGAUCUUCCUUUUGGAGACCACCAUCGGCCAGCACACCCAAGAGGGGAGCAUCAGCUGCUGGUGGAAAAUGUGCCCAUUGGCUCAAGGUAUCGGCUACGCGGGGGUGCUGAUCCUGCUGUACAGCUGCAUGACAUACAUCAUUAUUUUGUCCUGGGCCCUCUUCUACCUGCUGUUUUCCUUCAACGCCACGCUGCCCUGGAGCACCUGCAACAACUACUGGAACACAGUGGAAUGUUUUGACGUUACGACAACGAGGAAUCAGACCAACCACACCAAAAGAACUUCAGCAGCAGUGGAAUUCUGGGAACGGAGAGUGUUAAAAAUCUCAGGGGGCAUUGAGGAGAUUGGCAGCAUCAGGUGGGAGGUGCUUCUGUGCCUCCUGACUAUGUGGGUCAUUUGUUACUUCUGCAUCUGGAAAGGGGUCAAAUCAACAGGAAAGGUAGUGUACUUCACUGCCACAUUCCCUUAUGUGAUGCUCCUCAUCCUUUUGAUCCGAGGAAUCUCUCUUCCGGGAGCCACGCAGGGAAUUCAGUUCUACCUUCUGCCCGAGCUGUCACGACUAACAGACCCACAAGUGUGGAUGGAGGCUGGCUCGCAGAUCUUCUUCUCGUACAGCAUCGGUGUGGGCACCCUGAUUGUACUGGGCAGCUAUAACCCCCGCAGCAACAAUUGCUACAAGGACUGCUUUUGGCUGUGCGCCUUGAACAGUUGCACCAGUAUGGUCGCUGGCUUUGCUGUCUUCUCGGUGCUGGGCUUCAUGGCUCAUGAGCAAGACGUCCCUAUUGCUGAGGUGGCAGAGUCAGGCCCUGGCUUGGCGUUCAUCGCAUACCCUAUGGCGGUAGCUAUGAUGCCGGUGCCUCAAGUGUGGGCCGUCUGCUUCUUCAUCAUGAUCAUCCUUCUGGGUCUGGACACACAGUUUGUUUGCAUGGAGGUGGUGAUGACAUCUAUCACUGACCUAUUUGCAGAAGUACUGCGUCGUGCGGGAAGACGGGAAUGUUUCGUGCUACUCUUCUGCCUCACGUGUUUCUUCUCACAACUUGUCAUGAUCACUGAGGGAGGGAUGUACAUCUUCCAGAUUGUCGAAUACUACGCUUGCAACGGAGCCUGCAUCCUCUUUCUCUGUGUAUUUGAAAGCUUGGCAGUGGGCUGGAUAUUUGGAGCAGAUCGUUUGAGCGGCAUCAUAACAAACAUGACAGGCAAGCGUCCCAAUCCUUUCUUUAAAAUCUGCUGGCGCUACCUGACACCCUUGGUCUCACUGAUCUCAUUCACAUGUUCUCUAAUUCAAUACCGGCCACUGACAUUCAACCGCUGGUACGUGUACCCUACAUGGGCCUACGUGAUGGGCUGGAUGAUGGCCCUCUCCUCCAUCUUGCUGGUGCCAGGCUGGGCACUGUACAAGCUGACCACUGUCAGUGGAACCCUCAGUCAGCGUCUCCACCGUCUGUGCUGGCCUGAGCCACCUGACUGCACAUUGGCCCUAAAGAGAGAGACUGCGCCGCAUCACAUCACAGAGGAGGAUCUCGAAUAAUUCUGACACUG